AUGGAAACAUUAGCUGGAGUGUUAAAUGCUCUCAUAAAUACUACAAUAAACAAGGAUAACGAAGAAAACUUAAUGAAUGUUAAACUUAUUGCAGGAGUUUUGAAGUUCAGUUAUGCGAAGGAGUUUAAGAUAACACGAAUGAGUCAUAGAGUUCAAUUGCUUCUGGGUGCAUACCAUAUGACAUUUCCUUUGAAAAGUGUUGACAAAACGAUUGAGAUGAAAUCUGUUCCAUACGUAUGUUAUGGUAAUUGUUUGUACAUUGAGUCUAAAAUAGCUAAUGUCACAGGUAUUUCAGGAGUUAAUAGUAAAGGUUCAGUAGAAUAUAAGUCUUUCUGUUAUGCAGUCAAUUCAAUGUUCAUUCCAAACGUUCCUGUCAUAGCAACUCAUUUAGGUAAAUGGGUUCGCAUUAGUCCUCAUAAUUUGAAAGACAUGCAAUUCAGACUAGUUGACUUUCAAGGAGAGCCUGUAGAACUGAAGGCACCAGUGCGAAUGACUGUUGAAGUUGACUUUUUAGAAAAUAUUAAAUGCAACAGCUUACAAGAGAACUCAGAGCUAAAAAUAUAA